CCUCUCAGCUGGAUCAAACACAUUGUUACUGAAGGCUAUAGAAUACAACUUCAGCAUGAUUUUCCAAGCAAUUUUUGAGUAUAUGGACUUUUCUAGUUGGCUGUUGUUCAGUUUUGUUGUGUUAUUUUUGGCUGAUAUUGUCAGAAACUGGAGGUCACAUAGUUUUCCCCCAGGGCCUUUGUCGGUGCCCUUUCUAGGAAAUAUUUUCACUGGAGUAGACUACAAAGCCAUGGAGAAGCUUUCACAACAGUAUGGACCAGUGUUCAGUGUGAGGAGAGGCAGUGAGAGGAUGGUGUUUAUUUCUGGAUACAAGAUGGUCAAAGAGGCACUUGUUAACCAGCUGGACAGCUUUGUUGACCGUCCCAUCGUCCCUCUCUUCCAUGUUGUCUUUAAAGGCAUUGGAAUAGCUUUGAGCAAUGGUUACCUGUGGAAGAAGCAGAGGAAGUUUGCCAAUAUCCACCUGCGUUACUUUGGAGAGGGACAGAAUUCGCUGGAAAACUAUAUUCACGUGGAAAACAACUUACUCUGUGAAGCUUUUAAGGAUGAACAAGGAAGACCAUUUAACCCUCAAUUCUUCAUAACCCAUGCCGUGAGUAACAUAAUCUCCUCUGUGGUCUUUGGGCAUCGUUUUGAAUACAGCGAUCAGAGCUUUCAAAGAGUGCUUAAGUUGGACAGUGACGCCAUUCUGCUCGCUGGCUCUGCUCGGACUCAGCUGUAUGAUGCCUUCCCUGGACUGAUGAAGCACCUGCCAGGACCUCACCAGACUGUACACGCAAACUAUAGGGAGAUCAUGGCCUUCGUGAAACAGGAGGUAGAUAAGCACAGAGAGGAGUGGAACCCUGAGGACCCUCGAGAUUUUAUUGAUGUCUACUUGACAGAGAUGAAGAAGAAAAAGGAGGAUCCUCAGGCUGGAUUCAACAUAGAGACCUUGAUGGUUUGCAUUCUAGACCUGUUUGAGGCUGGUACAGAAUCAGCUGCAACCACUUUACGCUGGGCCCUUGUGUACAUGAUGCACUACCCAGAGAUACAGGAGAAAGUCCAGUCAGAAAUCGACCGAGUGAUCGGGGAGUCUCGUCAGCCCACCCUUGCCGACAGACCCAACAUGCCUUUCACUGAUGCUGUCAUCCAUGAGACUCAAAGGUUUGGAAAUAUUGUUCCCAUGGGAUUCCCCAAAAUGGCCAGUAAAGAUUCGACACUGGGAGGAUACUUCAUACCAAAGGGAACAGCAGUCACUACUAUCCUGGCAUCUGUGCUGUUUGAUAAGAAUGAGUGGGAGACUCCAGAUGUCUUCAAUCCUGGACACUUCUUGGAUUCAGAAGGACGGUUUUGUAGAAAAGAGGCUUUCUUACCAUUUUCAGCAGGUAAACGUGUGUGUUUAGGGGAGCAACUUGCAAAGAUGGAGCUGUUCCUUUUCUUUACAUCACUCCUCCAACGCUUCACCUUCUCUCCUCAUCCUGGAGAAAUGCCAAGUUUGGAGGGUGUGCAGGGAUUCACCAAUACCCCAGCCCAGUUUAGGAUGCUCGCUGUGCCUCGCUGAUUUCCCUCCGUCUCUCAGUCCAGCCUUGCCCUCACUUUAACUAAUCUGCAUUUCACAUAAAUCAUUCACCAAAAACAGAACCCUGAUUAAUUCUACGUCAACAUCAGGAUGAAAAAUCCGACAUCUGAUUGUAAACCAUUUUCUUCUUUUGGCCACCAAGAUAAAAAAAGAUGAUGGGAUAUCAUCAUGUGUUACUAUUGGUAUGUUGUAAGGUGACCUUGAGUGUCCAGAGAGGCACCUAUAAAUAAAAUGUAUUAUUAUCCUCAUGUCUGUGAAAAUGUUCUCAGAUAACUGCAGCUUGACUUUCUGAAUAUUUCUUAUAAAAAGAUUUGACACUGACUGAAACAUGAUUCCUAAAAACUUUUCAGUUGGACUAAAGACAGAUGUGUAAACUAACUGUGUACUUCUGUUUUAUGUUUCAUUAUAUCAUCCCUAUUGUGAAGUAAAUGCAGUGUAAUGUGCAUGUGCUGAAAAUUAACUAACACCGCUUGUCUAACCUUUUUAAAUAGGUCUAUUUCUAAUGAAAUGGUCAUUAAUAUCCAUCGGCUGUUGAUCCUUUAACUCUUAUGUAAUAAACUGUGACACACUU